CGAUAUUUAUCAUUCACAACAAGCAGCUGCCAGUUGCCAGCUGUUGGCUGAUCAACAUUUUGCCGCACGCCGAGUUUGUUUUGUUUACUUUUUAGAGAAAUUAUGACGCGCAAGUGGUCCGACAAGGAAACCAAACUGCUUUUGCGGCUCUAUUUGAAAUACAAGCAAGAGUUUCACGAGCGACACAAAAAACGCACUGAGAUUUGGCAGCAUGUUGUCCGGGAAUUCGAGCAGCACGGCUUUAGGACCAGCUAUAUUAAAUUGGAUCGCAAAUUUCGGAACAUGUGCCGCACCUAUUUCAAUAUCAAACGCCAAAACAAAGAUGUCGAGCCAAAUUGGGAAUACUUUGGUCCGAUGGACGAAAUAUUGGCUGGCACCGUACCAGAAACGUCCGAUCAGGGGAGACCCGAAGUAGAAGAGACUGAGCCGAGGCUUGAGGUGAAAAAAGAAGAGCUCGGCACCGAUUAUCCAGCAGUGUUAAUGGAUGAGCCCAACUUUGACGAGCUGGUUUCCAGCCGCAUCAGCGAAGAUCAGCGAGAGAUUGAUGUUGAGAAUGCAGGAUUUGCGACGGGAUUGGAGGCGCAGCGUGUCGCGGAGCUGCGCGCCAUUCGAAUCACUUUGGAGGAGGCAAACGAAAUACAGAGGCAGCGAAAUAGUCUACUCCACGAAAGAAACGAGCUGAUGAAGCAGUAUCUGGCUACCAAAUUUAAAUAUAAUCCACAUUUGUAUUAAUUUUAUUUCAUUAUUCAUAAAUGUUUCAUAAAUAUGUGUAUUUAUUGCCUGUUUACGCUUACAGUACAUUAUAAUUUUGUAAUAAAAUGUGUAUCGUAUCGACUGAGUGA